CAAUCGCGAUCACUCCGAGGUCCCCAGUCACCAGAGUGGUCCCCACCUUCCACUUGCCAACGACGCCGGGCAACUAUCGGUCGUCCUCAGUUGGGCCGAGUCUGCUCACGUAUUCGCAUUAAAACGUUUUCCGUUCAAGUUUUUAAUUAAUUUUUUUUUCACUCGGUCCAUUCAACGAAACUCAAAUUUCUUUGGACUUUUUCAAAAUUCAAAAAUUUUUUUCUAUUUUGUUUAUGAUUUUUUUAUUUUUUUUUUAUUACUAGUUAAUGAUAAAAUCGAUUUUUAUCUAAAAUAUUAUUUUUCGGAUAAACAAAUCGAUAAAAGUCAUUCUUACACGUGAGUUAGAAGCGCGACAAUGCCAACAGUGAUUUUACCGAGCGCACUGCAUUGGAGUUCCGCGUGAAAAGUGAAGAAGGAAGUGGCGAAAGAAGUGGAUAUAUACCAGAUUAAAGUUUCAAUUAAAGAAGAUAUACUACUGAUAAAAAUAAAACAUACAAUAAGCUAUUUUGUUAUACGUUUUUUUAACAAAAUCUAGUGCAUUUAUCGUGUGUUGGAUUUCAAAAAUCACUGUCGUGGUGAAAUUACAUCGCCACUUUUAACUCGGAUAAACUAAUCAUCAUCUAAAAAGGAAACAAAAGUUAAUAAGAGACAUAAAAUAUCAAAGGAAAAAAUUGAAAAUCUAAAGAUCGGUAGCGUGAAAAACGAAUUUCUUACUCCAUUAUCAUCAUUUGUUUCUUGCUCAAUAAAACGUUGAAUCGAGAAGUAGCAAAUUAACGGUGUGUGAAACCAGAAGACAGUUAAUUGAAAGAUGCCGAGGUACUUGGCAGCGGCAACGAUGGAAACAUGAAGACCGGUCAGGAUCGUUCAUCCGAUCAACAGUAUUCAACAUUUACCAUCUAUAAAUGACCAAUGUGGCGUCGCCAAUCAUCAGAAAUUUCUCUACGCAAAAUGAUUCGCAUUUGUCUCUUGCUGUGCAUGGCCGUCUUAUCAGUCGCACGAUGUAACAAGAUUCACCAUCACAUGACGGCAGAAGAACUGCUAGCAGUAUUUCACACAACAGAUCAUGAGACUGUGCCAGCGUAUGAGGUGGUGCCCAUCGUACACUCAGCACACAAGAGGAGUCCGGAAAUUGAGCCCGAAGUCCACUUGAAAGCGUUUGGGAAGAAUUUUAAUUUGUCCCUGAAGCCAACAGAAGGACUUUUAUCUUCUGGCAAACAUAUCUCUAUGUGGACAGUCUCUAGAAAUAACUCAAGUCCCAAUGGACUCUAUUACGAAGAAGUGCCAGAGGGAAGUGCAGAUAUCGGUGACAUAUACCAGGACCCCUCAAACAUGGCGUCCAUAUUGUUACAUCGAGAUGCGAGUGGGAAAGUGCUUGUGGAAGGAAAUAUUGAGUCUGACUACGUAAUCCGUCCACUGCCAGAACGUAUUUUAACUGAUGUGAUUGACAAAACUGAAGCCUUUCAUGAGUCUCAUCUACUGCCAAAUGUAACGAGAACUAAGAGGAGUCUGAGUCAAACACAUCAUCACGUUGUUUAUAAACGUAUAACUAAACCUUCAGAUGAUAAAUACAGUGAUUUUGCUUUUAUGGAACCGGACCACCUAGCUAAAAGGUUUAGGUCGAAAAGAUCAAUUAACUCAAGAGCAAAACGCGAAGCGCCUUAUGUAAUCUAUCCGGAAAUAUUAUGUAUUGUAGAUUACGACGGCUAUAGAUUGCACAGUGGUGACAAUGUGCAAAUAAAACGAUACUUUGUAUCAUUUUGGAAUGGAGUUGAUUUGAGGUAUAAACUAUUGAAAGGACCUAAAGUUCGCAUCAGCAUAGCAGGAAUAAUUAUUUCACGAGCAAGGGAUGCGACACCUUACUUGGAAAGCAAUCGCGUAGGACGUGAUGCCAUAGAUUCAGCAGCUGCAUUAACCGAUAUGGGCAAAUAUCUUUUCCGGGAGCGAAGACUUCCGGUUUAUGAUAUUGCAGUUGCUGUGACAAAAUUAGAUAUGUGCAGGAGACAAUAUACUCAUGACGUGUGCAAUAGAGGAACUGCAGGAUUUGCGUAUGUGGGUGGUGCUUGUGUCGUUAACAAGAGACUUGAGAAGGUCAAUUCAGUUGCAAUAAUUGAGGACACCGGAGGAUUUAGUGGAAUUAUCGUCGCAGCUCACGAAGUUGGUCAUUUACUGGGGGCUGUACACGAUGGUUCACCUCCGCCAAGCUAUCUCGGAGGGCCAGGUGCUGAGAAGUGUCGUUGGGAAGAUGGUUACAUCAUGAGUGAUCUCAGACAUACAGAGAAGGGAUUUAAAUGGUCACAUUGUAGUAUUUCUUCUUUUCAUCACUUUCUCAAUGGAGACACAGCCACUUGUCUGCACAAUGAACCACAUGAAGAUGAAGCAUUACCAAGAGUUUUGCCAGGAAAAUUAUUAUCACUAGACGCUCAAUGUCGCAAGGAUCGUGGCACAAGUGCAUGUUUUAAAGACGAUAGAGUGUGUGCACAAUUAUUCUGUUUCGAUGCGGGCUCUGGCUAUUGCGUAGCAUAUAGACCGGCUGCAGAAGGUUCACCCUGCGGAGAUGGACAGUAUUGUUUGAAUGGAAAAUGCGUGGCUGAACAUGAAAAUAUUAUUCCGGAUUAUACUCAAAAUAUUCCGACUUAUGUACGUCGUGACAGCAUUUACAAUCCUGGACUUCGGCCGAAUUUGGCACCAUAUAAUAAUACAGAGUACAGGUAUCCUUGGGAAUCAACGACACAAUACACACCACAGAAAAAUAACGAGUAUUCAACAGCAUACUACGCUGUUGGCAAUAAAUACCCAACAGUACCGGUUAAUGAAUUGUCAUACAAUCAUAAUCAAAUGCCAUAUCAAACAACACCUAUGUAUUACAACAAUGACUUGAGUUACAGUUAUAGUACUACACAGUCAAAACCUGUUUACCAGCAACCUUAUUAUAAAAAUUACAACCAAUAUUAUAAUUAUGACAAGACUUCUAAACGAUAUAAUAAUCACUUUAAUAAUAUUAUUGAUGUUAAUAACAAUUAUAAUAAUCAAAACUUUAAUCAAAAUUAUAAUCAGAAUUAUAAUAAGUACAAUAAUAAUCAAUAUUAUAAUCAAAAUCGAUAUUAUAAUGAGAUUACUUCAACGACUCCAGAAACAACGACAACGACACUUGCCAGGAAAAAACUUAUUCAUUUUUAUAAUUACUAUUUCAACGAACAGACAACGACCAUUAACCCCAUUACUCCUUAUUAUUACGAAAAUAUGUUGAGUAAUGAAGUAAAUCCGUACAAUUAUAAGAGUUCCAUAACUGCGUCCACUGCCACAGAAGACCAAAAUCGUCGACAGUAUACAGGUCGUGGAACAGAGGACGGUGAGUGCAUUGAUACAGCGACAAACUGCGCGGAGCUGAUUGACAGGCUGAGAACGUGGCUGUGCCAUCUACAAUCUGUGAAAAUUCGCUGCUGCGCCUCACUCAAAGCGCUUUGCAGUUAGAGUUAAAGAAAAAAGAAAAUAAUAUAAUUAAUUUCUAAUCUUUAAAAGGACACUUGCGCUGAAUUUUCGCGGUUUAAACUUUUGCCACGGACUGCAGUGUUCAUUCAACACAAAAAUUAAAUAAAAAAACCAGCUCAAAUGUUAAACAAAGCAUUUGAAUAAAUUUUUAUGAAGUUAUUAAAUAAGAUAAAAAAAAUGUAAUUUACUUCCGUUAUCGUAAGAAUUAUAUAUUAAAUAAAUAUAUAUAGUCGCGAUAUUGAUAACAAGAGUUUUUAUAAGUAGCAUUUAUAUUAUAUAUGUAGAAAAAUCACAAAAAGUCUCAGAAUGUUUUUAAGAGAAUUUUUGAUGAUUAAACAAAAAUUUUUGUUAUGUAAGAAUAAAUCAU